UAUAUAAGGCCGGCGCUGGACUGCGAGAGAGAGGAAGGCUUAGACCCCCAGCUGAGGAGUCCUGCUCAGAACACGGUCACUGGAUCUGAGCAACUUCCCAGGGGACCACAUUCCAGAGUCAGCAACUCUGUGAAGCACCCUCACCCACCUCUUGCCACGUUCCCACGGGGCUUAGGGGAAAGAUGGUGGGGACCAAGGCCUGGGUGUUCUCCUUCCUGGUCCUGGAAGUCACAUCUGUGUUGGGGAGACAGACGAUGCUGACCCAGUCAGUAAGAAGAGUCCAGCCUGGAAAGAGGAACCUCCUCAUCCCUGCCAAGCCUGCCAACACCCUGGAGAGCCCUGGUGAGUGGACGACGUGGUUCAACAUCGACUAUCCAGGAGGGCAGGGCGACUAUGAGCGGCUGGAUGCCAUUCGCUUCUACUAUGGGGACCGUGUAUGUGCCCGUCCCCUGCAGCUAGAGGCCCGGACCACUGACUGGACACCUGCGGGCAGCACUGGCCAGGUGGUCCAUGGUAGUCCUCGUGAGGGCUUCUGGUGCCUCAACAGGGAGCAGCGGCCGGGCCGGAACUGCUCUAAUUACACUGUACGCUUCCUCUGCCCACCAGGAUCCCUGCGCCGGGACACAGAGCGCAUCUGGAGCCCGUGGUCUCCCUGGAGCAAGUGCUCAGCCGCCUGUGGUCACACUGGGGUCCAGACUCGCACACGCACCUGCUUGGCAGAGACGAUGUCACUGUGCAGUGAGGCCACUGAAGAGGGUCAGCACUGCAUGGGACAGGACUGUAAAGACUGUGACCUGACCUGCCCAAUGGGCCAGGUGAAUGCUGACUGUGAUGCCUGCAUGUGUGAGGACUUCGUGCUUCAUGGGGUUGUCUCCCUUCCCGGAGGUGCCCCAGCCUCGGGAGCCACCAUCUACCUGCUGACCAAGACACCUAAGCUGCUGACCCAGACAGACAGUAAUGGGAGAUUCCGAAUCCCUGGCUUGUGCCCUGAUGGUAAAAGCAUCCUGAAGAUCACAAAGGUCAAGUUUGCUCCUAUUGUACUCACAAUGCCCAAGACUAGCCUGAAGACAGCUACCAUCAAUGCAGAGUUCGUGAGGGCAGAGACCCCGUACAUGGUGAUGAACCCUGAGACAAAAGCACGGAAAGCUGGGCAGAGCGUAUCCCUGUGCUGUAAGGCCACCGGGAAGCCCGGUCCAGACAAGUAUUUUUGGUAUCAUAAUGACACAUUGCUGGAUCCUUCCCUCUACAAGCAUGAGAGUAAGCUGGUGCUGAGGAACCUGAAGCAGGAGCAGGCUGGAGAGUACUUUUGCAAGGCCCAGAGUGAUGCUGGGGCCAUGAAGUCCAAGAUUGCCCAGCUGAUUGUCAUAGCACCUGACGAGACUCCUUGCAACCCAGUUCCUGAGAGCUACCUUAUCCAGCUGCCCCAUGAUUGCUUUCAGAAUGCCACCAACUCCUUCUACUAUGAUGUGGGACGCUGCCCUGUCAAGACCUGUGCAGGGAAGCAGGAUAAUGGGAUCAGGUGCCGUGAUGCCGUACAGAACUGCUGUGGCAUCUCCAAAACAGAGGAGAGGGAGAUCCAGUGCAGUGGCUACACGCUACCCACCAAGGUGGCCAAGAAGUGCAGCUGCCAGCGAUGUACAGAAACUCGGAGCAUCGUACGGGGCCGUGUCAGUGCUGCUGACAAUGGGGAGCCCAUGCGCUUUGGCCACGUGUACCUGGGGAACAGCCGUGUAAGCAUGACUGGCUACAAGGGCACUUUCACCCUCCAUGUCCCCCAGGACACUGAGAGGCUGGUGCUCACAUUUGUAGACAGGCUGCAGAAGUUUGUCAACACCACCAAAGUGCUACCUUUCAACAAGAAGGGGAGUGCAGUGUUCCAUGAAAUCAAGAUGCUUCGUCGGAAAGAGCCCAUCACUUUGGAAGCCACGGAGACCAACAUCAUCCCCCUGGGGGAAGUGGUUGGUGAAGACCCCAUGGCUGAACUGGAGAUUCCCUCCAAUAGUUUCUACAGGCAGAAUGGGGAGCCCUACACAGGAAAAGUGAAGGCCAGUGUGACCUUCCUGGAUCCCCGGAAUAUUUCCACAGCCACAGCUGCCCAGAGUGACCUGAACUUCAUCAAUGAGGACGGAGACACUUUCCCCCUUCGGACGUAUGGCAUGUUCUCUGUGGACUUCCGAGAUGAGAUCACCUCAGAGUCACUUAAUGCUGGCAAAGUGAAGGUCCACCUCGACUCGACCCAGGUCAAGAUGCCAGAGCACAUAUCUACAGUGAAACUCUGGUCACUCAAUCCAGACACAGGGCUGUGGGAGGAGGAAGAUGACUUCAAAUUUGAAAAUCAAAGAAGGAACAAAAGGGAAGAGAGAACCUUCCUGGUGGGCAACGUGGAGAUCCGUGAGAGGAGGCUCUUUAACCUGGAUGUUCCUGAAAGCAGAAGGUGCUUUGUUAAGGUGAGGGCCUACCGGAGUGAGAGGUUCUUGCCCAGUGAGCAGAUCCAGGGGGUUGUGAUCUCCGUGAUCAACCUAGAGCCUAGAGCUGGCUUCUCAUCCAACCCGAGGGCCUGGGGCCGCUUCGACAGUGUGAUCACGGGCCCCAAUGGGGCCUGUGUGCCUGCCUUCUGUGAUGACCAGUCCCCUGAUGCCUACUCUGCCUAUGUCUUGGCAAGCCUGGCUGGGGAGGAACUACAAGCAGUGGAGUCUUCUCCUAAAUUCAACCCAAAUGCAAUUGGCGUACCGCAGCCCUAUCUCAACAAGCUCAAGUACCGUCGGACGGACCACGAGGAUCCACGGGUUAAAAAGACAGCUUUCCAGAUUAGCAUGGCCAAGCCAAGGCCCAACUCAGCUGAGGAGAGCAAUGGGCCUAUCUAUGCCUUUGAGAACCUCCGGGCAUGUGAAGAGGCACCGCCCAGUGCAGCCCACUUCCGGUUCUACCAGAUUGAGGGGGAUCGGUAUGACUAUAACACAGUCCCCUUCAGUGAAGAUGACCCUAUGAGCUGGACUGAAGACUAUCUGGCAUGGUGGCCAAAGCCGAUGGAAUUCAGGGCCUGCUAUAUCAAGGUGAAGAUUGUAGGGUCCCUGGAAGUGAAUGUGCGAUCCCGCAACAUGGGGGGCACUCAUCGGCGGACAGUGGGGAAGCUAUAUGGAAUCCGAGAUGUGAGGAGCACUCGGGACAGGGACCAGCCCAAUGUCUCAGCUGCCUGUCUGGAGUUCAAGUGCAGUGGGAUGCUCUAUGACCAGGACCGUGUGGACCGCACCCUGGUGAAGGUCAUCCCCCAGGGCAGCUGCCAGCGGGCCAGUGUGAACCCCAUGCUGCAUGAGUACCUGGUCAACCACCUGCCACUUGCAGUCAAUAAUGACACCAGUGAGUACACCAUGCUGGCACCCCUGGACCCGCUGGGCCACAACUAUGGCAUCUACACUGUCACUGACCAGGACCCUCGCACGGCCAAGGAGAUUGCGCUUGGACGUUGCUUUGAUGGCACAUCUGAUGGCUCCUCCAGAAUCAUGAAGAGCAAUGUGGGAGUGGCUCUCACCUUCAACUGUGUAGAGAGGCAGGUAGGCCGCCAGAGUGCCUUCCAGUACCUCCAAAGCACCCCAGCUCGGUCCCCUGCUGCAGGCACUGUCCAGGGAAGCGUGUCCUCAAGGAGGCAGCAGCGGGCGAGCAGGGGUGGCCAGCGCGAGCGUGGAGCGGUGGCCUCUCUGAGAUUUCCUGGAGUUGCUCAACAGCCCCUGAGCAACUAAGUUGUGUGGUACUUCACCCUCUUCUCCCCUAGACUGACACACAAACUGUCACUUGGUUAAUUUAAGCACAUCUGUUUUGGUGCAAUUUGCUUGUUUGUUUCUUCAUGCCUUUACUUACUGUCUUUGUCCCAUGAUACUGAUUGGCAUGCGGCCCCCAAAUCGGCAAAAUAAAGCCCCUUUGUGAAAUUGUUCUUUAAAAGAAACUCAAGAAACUGGCCACUGGUAAAACUCUGCAGCUUCAGCUGUUCUUCAUUUAAUGCCAUUAAUGCAAAUAUACUUCCUCUUUUUUUUGCAUGGGUUUGCCCACCUCUGCAAUAGUGAUAAUCUGAUGCUGAAGAUCAAAUAACCAAUACAAAGCAUAUUUCUUGGCCUUGCUCCACAGGACGGAAGCAAGCCUUGAUCAUAGUGCAUGCAUAUGAAUGGAGGCGAAAUAAAGAAAUAAAAUGCAAUACUUUUUACUUGAAAUGUAAAUAACUUAUUUAUUUCUUUGCUAAAUUUGGAAUUCUAGUGCACAUUCAGUUAACCUAUUAAACAUAGGAUAAUCAUAGUUUCUCUACCAAGACUGGAAAGAACAUCUACUGGUAUUCACAAUGACACCAGGUUGCUAAUUGCAUUUGUACAUUACCCUUUGCAUUUGCUUUUGUUCUUGCCAGUGUAGCCCAGGGCAGAUGUCAAUAAAUGCACAUUCUGUACUU